UUUAAAAAAAUAAAAUAAAGAAUAAAAAUAAAAUAAUAAUGUGAGGGGUAAAAAUGUCCGAAGUGAGUCCUCCUCGCUGCUGCCGCUGAAUAGACGAUCUUUGUCCGGUGUCACCAGCAGCGGAGAGACAACCGGAGAACCGGAGACUCCACACCGGCAGGAUGGGCAAGAAACAGAAGAAAUCCGGAGAGGACAGUGCCAAAGAUGACAGCAUUGACAUCGAUGCUCUGGCUGCAGAGAUCGAAGGAGCCGGAGCCUCCAAAGAGCCGAAAGGGAAGAAGAAGAAGAAAGGAGCCAAAAAGGAUGACUACGAUGAGGACGACAUCCUGAAGGAGUUGGAGGAGCUUUCUAUCGAAGCGCAUGGAGGCAAAGCAAAGAAAUCAGACGGUGACGAGGAAGUCGCCGAGCCUCCCAAACCAGAGAAGAAGAAGACGAGGAAGGGGAAGAAGGGAGGAGCGAGCCCCGAGGAGGAGGAGGUAGAGGAGGAAGGAGACGCACAGAUGGACGCUGACAAAGAGAAGAAGGCUGCACCUCCUGCUGCGCCUCCCUCUGACUCCGACGAGGAGAGCACAUCACGCUCCCGCCUCAAGAACAAAGGAGCAAAGAAAGGAGGCAAGAAACCAUCAGUCUCCAACGAUGAUGAUGAGGAGCAGGAGGAGGAAGGCCUGAGCAAAGCAGCAGCAGGAAGAGGAGGAGGAGGUGGAGGAGGUGAAGCAGCGAAGGAGGAGGAGUCAGACGAGGACGAGGAGUUCACCUCCAGGCGAGACAAGAAGAAGAAGAACAAAGGCAAGGCAGCGAAGGCGGAGAGCGAUGAGGAGGAGGAGCAGGAGGAGGAAGGAGGCGGCGGCUUCAAGAUGAAGACGGCGGCUCAGAAGAAGGCGGAGAAGAAGGAGCGCGACAAGAAGAAGAAGGAGGAGGAGAGGAUGAAGCAGAAGAAGCUGAAGGAGAAGGAGAGCAGCACGGAGGUGAAGAAGGAGCCGGCAGCGGCCGCGGAGGUAACGACCGAGGCACCGUCGUCAGCGGCAACGGUGGCGGAGGAACAGGAAGGGGCGGAGCUUGUAGCGGAGGAGGAGGCCGAGGGCGACAAGAAGAAGAAAGACAAGAAGAAGAAGAAGGGAGAGAAGGAGGAGAAGGAGAAGGAUAAGAAGAAGGGACCCAGCAAAGCUACGGUGAAAGCCAUGCAGGAGGCGCUCGCCAAGAUGAAGGAGGAGGAGGAACGCGCCAAGAGGGAGGAGGAGGAGCGGCUGCAGAGGUUGGAGGAGAUGGAGAAGCAGCGGCAGGAGCAGGAGCGUCUGGAGCAGGAGAGGAAGGAGAAGAAGAAGCAGAAGGAGAAAGAGAGGAAGGAGCGACUGAAGAAGGAGGGAAAGCUCCUCACUAAGGCUCAGAGGGAGGCGCGAGCUCGAGCCGAAGCUACGCUGAAGCUGCUGCAGGCUCAGGGUGUUGAGGUGCCAUCCAAAGACUCGAUGCCAAAGAAGAAACCCUUUUACGGAGACAAGAGGAAGAAGAAGCCCAACGCCCAAACUCCUGAAGAAACAUCAGAGGUGACCUCGCCGCUGUCGGAGACGCCAGAGCCCGUUGCCAUGGAGACGGAGGCGGCACAGACGCCGGCCGCAGAGCCAGAGGUGAAGCCAGACGUUGCCGUUGACGACUGGGAGGCGAUCGCCAGCGACGAGGAGAAAGAGUUAAAGAAAGUUCACAUCGAGGUGAAGGAGGAGCCGUCCGCGCCUCCUCAGCCCGCCGGCAGCGAGGACGAGGAGGACGAGGAGGAGGAGGAAGACGAUGAGGAGGAGGAAGAUGACGACGAGGAGGAAAGCGAGGAAGGAGAGGAGGAGGAGAAGGAGGUGACGUCGGGAGGAGCGGGGAAGAGGAGGGCGGCGAAGGAGAGCGAGGAGGAGAGCAGCGAGAGCAGCGAUGACGACGGCAGGACGAAGGAGGAGCGGCUGUACGACCGAGCCAAGAGGAGGAUAGAGAAACGGAAAGCGGACAACCUGAAGAACAUCGACCAGGAGCGGCUGAGAGCGCCGGUGGUGUGUGUGCUCGGACACGUCGACACGGGAAAGACCAAGAUCCUCGAUAAGCUGCGACACACGAACGUCCAGGACGGCGAGGCCGGAGGAAUCACGCAACAGAUCGGAGCCACGAACGUCCCGAAAGAGACGAUUGAGGAGCAAACGAGGAUGGUGAAAAACUUUGAUAAAGAAACCAUAAAGAUUCCCGGCAUGCUGAUCAUCGACACUCCCGGUCACGAGUCCUUCAGUAACCUGAGGAACAGAGGCAGCUCUCUGUGUGACAUCGCCAUCCUGGUGGUCGACAUCAUGCACGGUUUGGAGCCGCAGACGCUCGAAUCCAUCAACCUGCUGAAGGAGAAGAAAUGUCCGUUCAUCGUCGCUCUGAACAAGAUCGAUCGUCUGUACGACUGGAAGCGGAGUCCGGAGACGGACGUCGUGGCGACGCUGAAGAAGCAGAAGAAGAACACGAAGGACGAGUUCGACGAGAGAGCGAAAGCCGUCAUCGUGGAGUUCGCUCAGCAGGGUCUGAACGCCGCCCUCUUCCACGAGAACAAAGACCCGCGGACCUUCGUGUCGCUGGUUCCGACCUCGGCUCACAGCGGAGACGGGAUGGGGAACCUCAUCGCUCUGCUCAUCGAGCUCACGCAGACGAUGCUGGCCAAGAGACUCGCUCACUGUGACGAGCUCAGAGCCCAAGUCAUGGAGGUGAAGGCCCUCCCAGGAAUGGGGACUACGAUAGACGUGAUUCUGAUUAACGGACGACUUCGUGAAGGAGAGACCAUCAUCGUUCCAGGAGUCGAAGGACCAAUCGUAACGCAGAUCAGAGGCCUGCUGCUCCCUCCUCCUCUGAAGGAGCUCAGAGUCAAACUACUGCUGGAGUUCCUCCGCACCUCUAAAGUACCUUACGCUGGUAUCAACAUCGGACCUGUCCAUAAGAGGGAUGUGAUGAAAGCGUCGACGAUGCUGGAACACGACAUGCAGUACGCGGUGAUCCUGGCGUUCGACGUGAAGGUGGAGAGAGAGAGUCAGGAGAUGGCCCGACAGUCUGGAGUUCGAAUCUUCUCGGCUGAGAAUUAUCAUCUGUUUGAUGCUUUCACUAAGUUCAGAGAAGAUUACAAGAAAGCCAAGCAGGACGAGUUCAAACACGUGGCGGUGUUCCCGGUAGCUUCGUGUCUUCCUCAGUUCAUCUUUAACUCCAGAGAUCCCAUCGUCAUCGGCGUUAACGUGGACGCCGGCGUCCUGCAUCAGGGAACGCCGCUUUGCGUCCCCAGCAAAGGGUUUGUGGACAUCGGCGUGGUAACGAGCAUCGAGGUGAAUCACAAGUCGGUGGAAAGCGCCAAGAAAGAAGAGAUCUGCAUCAAGAUCGAGCAUCCCGGGGAGUCGCCCAAGAUGUACGGACGCCACUUUGAGGCCACCGACAUCAUCGUGAGCAAGAUCACUCGAGCCUCCAUCGACGCUCUGAAGAACUGGUUCAGAGACGAGAUGCAGAAGUCCGACUGGCAGCUGAUCAUGGAGCUGAAGAAAACCUUCGAGAUCAUCUGAGGGGAGGAAUUUAAAAAAAACGAGGACGACGAACGACGGCAAAAAAAAAAAACUACGGCAAACGGAGAGGGACAAAAAAAAAGACAAAAAAAAAGCAAAAAAAAAAAAUACGAAUAAAGACGUGAAAGUGUUUUUCUGUGAGAAACGAACAGUUUUUUCCACUGUUGUAAACAGUGAUAGCUUAGACACACACACAUGCACACACAUGCACACGCACACAUGCACACACACACACACACAUGCACACGCACACACACACACACACACACACACACACACAGUAUUCCAACGUGCCUGUUCUUCAGCUACAACGUUGUGUUAUUACUCUUUCUUCUUGUUCUCCGCUCUGAUUUGUGGCUGCUGCUUCGUCUCCCUCCUCCUCCUCUUCAUCAUCCUCCUCCUCCUCCUCCUCCUAACGAGCUUAACGAGCCUCGCCCAGGUGCAUUGUGGGAUUAUAUUUAAAGAGAACAAGCAGCACCACUUGGAGGGGAAGAGAGUUUUUCUUUUCAUUGAGGCGGUCGAGCUGAAAGACUUUGAGGAGGCGACUCAGCGUUGAUGGUUUUUGCUGUGCGGUUU